AUGGGGAUCCUCGUACCACAGCCGUUCCCCCUGUCUCAGACGCCUCUGCCUGACAGCGACGAAGUUCUGCAAGAUUUUCUCCACGAAAUGGCGGAGCUUGAUCGCCUGGAGGUCCCAAAGACGCCUGAGCCGAAGCUUCCCAAGCGCAAGGCAAUAGACACGCCUCCUCGACCCGCCAAGAAGGCAAAGAAGGCGGACAAAACCCCGAUGACGAGAUGGCAACGUCGUAAACAAGAGCUCGAGACGCUCAAGCAGCAAGCGGAAACUCUGGGCGACUACGUGGCCUUCCUACAGGCACGUCGUGUACCUGGACUGAUGCUGCAAGGCUUUAUUAACUUGCCUCCUCAACUGGAGCAACUUGUUGAGUUGCAGAGCGGAGGCUGGCAAGCUGCUGCCAUCUGGGAGAUACGCCGUUGUCAGUCCUCGCAACAGGAAAAUAAAGAGUUAAAGGAGAGACUUCAGGGUUGCGUACAGGACUCUGGCAAACUGCAGACGGCGUUGAAUACGGCGCAGUCGUUGCGUAGAGAGCAACUUUGCCAGAAUUCUGUUGCGGCGAGAGUGGAAAUGAUGAUGAAUCAAUGCCACUGGGCUGAUGACGCGCUCAUCUUUGAUAUGCUCGAACAGAGCGUAAACGCCCGAGUCAACGAGAUCCAAGCCAUAACAAAAGAGAUGUCACAGCCAGUGAUGACUGCAAACACAGAGCACGUGUGCAUCUGUCACAAGGACGACACCCACGCUGCGGUGGAAUUCAAGACCGUGCGGGUGUUGCCGUUCGAUGUGGACACGGUCUCGAGUGUCUGUUGGCGAGUGGCCGAGCUCGGCUGGAAACGACAAGGAGCUCGAGUUGUCAGACGCUCGCAAGACGUCGUCUCGUCCGACUGGUGCUUCCCUGUUGAGCUCGAGGAGGGCGAGACGGUGGAGAUUCGCGUCCGCUCUGUUGCCAAGCAGUUCGCCGUGCAACAAGGGUUUGUAGUCCUGGCCGAGUCUACGACCGAGUGGCCUCCCCAUUUGGCUGCGUCGGGGGUCUGGUCCCGCGUCACGAGGGAAAGCGGAUGGGGCCUGGUACACUCAUAUCCACCCAGAUCGGUUGCACGAGGCUCAUCAUCAAGGUUCCUCGUGUACAUGUCUAGUGUACCCACUGGACUUGACUGCGAGUCCAGUCGGAAGCUCCUCGGGAGUCCCGCUGUGAGCGACGUCGUCAUCCCGUCCUUUCAGAAACUCAUCCGCAACCGACAACAAUGCGUGGACAAUCACCUCAUGGACGCUGCUUUCCUACACGGAUCUUCGUCAAUAUCCGCAAUCUAA